AUGUCAGCAGCGACGGCGCACCACUUCAGCGAAACCUCCACCUCCUCGUCCGGCUUCGACUUCUCCAACUACUCGCGCAACACCUUCCUCUCCAACCAAGGUCUCGGUGGCUUCACCGCCACUUCCACCGGUACCACCAUCGUCGGAUGCAUCUUCAAGGACGGUGUCGUACUUGGAGCCGACACUCGCGCGACCGAAGGUCCGAUCGUAGCCGACAAGAACUGCGAAAAGAUCCACUACCUCUCGGACAACAUUCGGUGCUGCGGUGCAGGUACCGCUGCAGACACCGAGUUCGUCACGCAGCUCAUCUCGUCCAACAUGCAGUUGCACGAGCUCAACACGGGGCGUCCGCCACGCGUGGUUACGGCGAUGACCAUGUUGAAGCAGCGGCUGUUCCAGUACCAGGGCCACAUCGGGGCUGCCCUUGUGUUGGGUGGGUACGAUGCGACGGGUCCGCACCUCUUCACCGUCGCGCCGCACGGUUCGACGGAUAAGCUGCCGUACGUGACCAUGGGCAGUGGCUCCCUUGCUGCGAUGGCAGUGUUCGAAAGCGGCUGGGUCAAGGACAUGGAGAGAGCAGACGCAAUCCAGCUCGUCGCAGCAGCUAUCAGCAGCGGUAUCUUCAACGACCUCGGAAGUGGUAGCAACGUAGACGUCUGCGUCAUCGAGAAGAACAAGACAGAAUACCUGAGGAACUUCGAAACACCAAACGAAAGGGUCCGCAAGGAACAGAGGUACCAGUUCCCCAGAGGUACAACCGCUUGGACAAAGGAGCAGAUCUACGACAUGAUCAGGAAGGAGGACGUGCUCGAGAUCGGAAAGAGCUCCGUCACGCCAGUCACUGCGAGCGCGGCGGGAGAGGAGACCAUGGACACGUCGUAA